AUGUUAUUUCAAUUGUGUGAAGCACAAUCUCCUGUUAAGUUCUCAAGUGAUAAGACCAACCAAGACCGUUACCGUAGACCUCUGCAUUUGUUAGAUAUGAUGUAUCAUCUGAUUGUUAAUGUCCCAGGUUCUGUCGUGUCUGGAUCCUUAGGAAAUGGUCUCAUUCAAGCCAUACCAACUUAUACAGAAUUCAGGAACUCAUUGACCUCUUCAUCCUCGUCCUCCUCGACAGAUGGGGAAAAUCCAGACGUGUUUCGCAAUAAUAAUUUGGGAGCAAUCUUGGAAUUGGUGGAGACCUUUGGUAACAAGCGUACCCAGGACCUUCUUCGGCCUGUUAAGCUUGUCUCAAGUAUUCCGUGGUCAACUAUUUCGGGACUGUUCAGAAAAGGCAACGUAGGUACUAAAGAGCAAAAUUCAGAAGAUGAUGAAAUCGAAAUUCCGUCGGUAUCUCAUCUCUGGCGCUAUGCUAAAGUCCAAUGCAAACCCUUCAUUGGGAGCAUUAAAGAGAUCAAGUUCGUGGAAGAGGAAGCCGCUUUGUACCUUCCUGUAAUGAAUUUGAACGCGAGCUCAGAAGUGAUAAUGAGGAAUCUGGUGGCCUACGAGGCUGCUAUGUCUAAGCCAACCCUUGAAUUUGCUCGAUACGUCAACCUCAUGAAUGGGAUUAUAGACACUGCAGAAGACGUGAAGCUGCUGAAGCAAAAUGGGGUGAUCAAGGGGGGUCUCACGGAUGAUGAAAUUGCUGAUCAAUUCAACGGUAUGAAGAGAUGUUAUGCUGGCUCAGAUCACAAGUCCAACAUCGAAGUUGCCGUUGAGAAAGUUAACAAAUUCUAUGGCAAGAAGCUUUUGGUCAGGACGGUUAGACGGUUAAAGAGGAGUUUGUUUGCUUCAUGGAAACAUCUGGCCCUGGUUUCCACUGUGGUGCUGCUGGUCGUGCUUAGCUUGCAGACCUUUUGCGAGUUCUAUCAGUGCAGCAAAAUCUGGAACUUCCACCAGGAACCAUCAUGA